UUAGAACACACAAAACUAGAAGGUUCCUUCUAGUUUUGUGUUAGAACAUUAUAUAUAACCUCACAAAUGUCACAAAUAUUUACAAUCUAAGAACAUAUUAAACAUAAAAUGGCAAGUAGAACAUUUCCAGAUUACUUCUACUCAAAGGAAUCACUACCUUUUAAUGUAACACCUUUAAAUGUCAAAAAUGGAACAUACUAUGCCUUAUCAAUCCACGAAGAUAGAAAAACACAAGAAAUACCCCAAAAUAACUAUUUACCACCAUACGAAGACAAUGAGGAAGGCAUGAUAGACUGCAUGGAGGUUGAAGACGCAUACGAAAUAGUGCAAACUAAAUCAGGCAAAUUUAUGACAUCUUUCUAUGUUCCCGGACCUAUGCAGGCGUUUAUAAUUGGCCCUAAAGGUAAACGAUUGAAAUCGCUAGAAGAAAAAUCGCGUUGUCAGAUUAAAAUACCGAAAAUUAACGAAAAAGGAGAUGUUAAAAUUAUGGGCAAUAAUGAACGUAGUGUGGCUUCGGCUAGAAAUCAAAUAUCCAUGAUUGUUUUGAAUAAGAGGGAAAAAAUGCCAGCUACGCAUUUUUUAAGUAUACCUGUGAUGAAUAGUGAGAUACAACAAAACUUUGAAAAAUUUAAAAAUGAGGUUUUAAAUUUACCACCAACUAGAGGUGUUAACGAAAGUAUAUUUCAAAAUCCUAAAAAAUUGCAUUUAACUAUAACCACCUUUUCCUUAUUAGAUGAAACUGAAAUAUCAGAAAUGAUACAAUCAUUGAAGGUUUGCCAAAACGACAUAAUUUACAAAUUAUUUCCAAAAAAUCAAAAAUAUAACAUAACAGUAAAAGGUCUGGAAAUCAUGAAUGAUGAUCCCUCAGAAGUCCAUGUACUUUAUGGAAAAGUUCAAUUAGAUGAAACACAGAAAUUCCAACAGCUAUCCAAUGAUAUAGUUCAUUACUUUUAUAGAAAAGGCCUCAUCAAAAAACAAUAUGAAAGUGUAAAACUACAUGUUACUUUAAUGAAUUCAAUUUUCAAUAAGGAAAAUGAAAAUUCCAAAAGAAAUACGUUUGAUGCCACUGAUAUUUUGAAAAAUUAUGAUAAUUAUUACUUUGGUAGGGCUGUUUUUGAUUCUGUACAACUUUCUGUUAGAUUUACAAGCUCUGAAAACGGAUUUUAUGAAUCUGCUUUUACAGUGCCUAUUUGAAAUUUUUCAUAAAAACUAAAAAUUGUUUGCUUUACAUCAAAAUAAAAACUAAACUUGAAUUUUCAAUUAAA